AUGAGCGACGCUGCUGCACUCCUACGACUUUUCUCCGACUAUCGCAAUGUCCAGCACGACAAGUCAUGUGCCUCUCUUGACAGUAGUGACGCCAUUGAGCAUUUGAUCAAGCAAUGGCAGGUCGUCGAUCUACCACUGCAGCGUGCCAACAUCGUCAUCGAGAUAGAUGGAAAGACUGUCGGUACCGGCGGCUUGGGCUGGAUUGGCAGAAGAAAGACCGAUGGCAAGCUGAUUGGUGACGCAGGCUUGAUGUUGGACACAUGUUAUCGUGGCUCAGGCUACGGCUAUGAAUCGUUAUGUAUGGCCAUUGAUCAUGGCUUUGCUGUUCUGGGCAUGGAUGAGAUACACAUAGCUUGUGUAGAUGCUAACACUGCGUUCAAGGGGUUGAUGAACAAUAAGUUCGGUUUCCAUGCUGAGAAGAUAGACGACAAGGUUUUCGGGAAUGAAUGGAUCUGGCGCAUCCCGAAGGAGUCGUGGGAAGAGAGUACGCACUCUGCGCGAGGGCGAGGCCAAGUUCAAGAGAAAUCAUGGAGAGUCACCGGCGAAGAUUCACGGCCAUAG